AAGGUUUAGCACUUGCAGAAGCGAAACUGUCCCUUUCUUCCUAAAGCAUCAAAAUUCCUGAAUUCCGUUGAAUUUCGAUUCCAUCUGAAACCAUCUCCGUUCUCGUUGAAGCUCCUCCGACCGGCUGAUCUGAAAUUUUUUUGAGCUUUGCCGCUCGAUCGCAGUCCCAUGGCGACGAGGAACAGGACGCUACUGUACAAGAAACACAGAGCCGCCGUGAAGAGCGUUCGCGCUCCUCUGUCGUCUUCAUCCUCCGCUUCCAACGGUCCGGUUAUUGAAAUGGUGAACGCUUCCUUUCUUCGCUCUAAUCGCUCCUCUUAUACUCCUCUCAGCACCGAAGAAGAUCCCGGACCUUCCAGUAGUGACGCGUAUACCAUUGGAUUACCGCCGGCGUGGGUUGAUGAUUCUGAAGAAAUAGCUGGGAAUAUACAGCGAGCUCGGGUGAAGAUGGCUGAACUUGUUAAGGCUCAUGCUAAGGUUUUAAUGCCCUCGUUUGGAGAUGGUAAAGAGGAUCAACGUGCAAUUGAGGUUUUAACUAGAGAGAUUACGGAUCUAUUGAGGAAGUCUGAAAAGAGAUUACAGAAAUUUUCUGGAAGUGGUUCUUCUGAGGAUUCAAAUAUUAAAAAGAAUGUGCAGCGGUCUCUUGCAACUGACCUUCAGAACCUAUCACUGGACCUGCGGAGAAAACAGUCAACUUACUUGAAACGCUUACAGCAGCAAAAAGAGGGACAUGAUGGUGUUGACAUAGAGAUGAACUUGAAUGACAACAGAUCUAGAUUGGAUGAUGAUGAGUUAGAUGAUAUGGGUUUUAACGAGAACCAAAUGAUGAAGUUGAAGCGGAGUGAAAACUUAACUGAGGAAAGGGAGAGAGAAAUCACAGAGGUUGUCAAAUCAGUGAACGAGCUUGCUCAAAUCAUGAAAGAUCUCUCAGUCCUUGUGAUAGACCAGGGUACAAUUGUUGAUCGGAUAGACUAUAACAUUCAAAAUGUUGCUACGUCUGUGGAAGAAGGCCUUAAGGAGCUCCAGAAGGUCUCUCUUUCUCUCUCUCUCUAAAACUCACACACACAUAUGCAGAUGCACACAAGCACACACACAGACACUCAUGCCUGCCAUAUUCCCAUGUCCAUGCACUUCUACACUUUCUUCAGAAGAAAACCUUUUCUGCAGAACUGAAGUGUCUGAAAUGUGCAUGAGUCAUGCUUAUCAUCCUUUACAUCCUAUGUUACCAUAAUGGUUUUUUAAGACUUCACUGAUGAUGUGUUAUUCACUGGUGCCUUUGUUGUUGGCCGUUCGGUGUUCUGGAAUUGCAGGCAGAGCGACACCAGAAGCAAGGAGGGAUGGUGAUGUGUGCAACAGUGCUUGUUGUUUUGUGCUUCAUCAUGCUGGUCCUCUUGAUACUCAAACAGUUAUUAUUGUGAUCACAAUUUUUUUUUUUUUUUUUUCACUUGAGUAGCACCUUAUCCUGUUAAUACCACACCAAUUCGUCAAUCAUUUUGACAGCAGACAACCAAGGCAGCUUCAAAGGACUAUUGUGACAUGCACCAUAAAUCCACAUUAGAAUGGUGUAAAUCUGUAUGGAUUUUUGUACCAUAAUUUCUUCGAAGAAUUGUGUCUGAGGCCUAUUAUUUGGUGUAUGCGAGGAGAUUUCUGCUUGUAUAACCUCUCUUUCUAGCUAGUAUCAAAAGUUAAUGAUAAGAAAAAAAAAAAAAGUAU